GUGUACUUUAUUGUCGGCUUCCAAAGAUUACUAACAUUUAUAUAUAUCCUUAAAAUUGACCUGCCUUGGCUAUACUGCUACUCUUACUACUGCUGCUUCCAUUAUUGCCUUCUUCAGCGAAAUAAGGCUUUCAGGAGCCAAAGAAUAACAAGAAAUAAACACCAUUUUUAGAAGCCUUUCCACUAUGAAACUUAAGCUAAAUGUGCUCACCAUUAUUUUGCUGCCUAUCUACUUGUUAAUAACAGUGUACAGUGCCCUUAUAUUUAUUCCAUGGUAUUUUCUUACCAAUGCCAAGAAGAAAAACGCCAUGGCAAAGAGAAUAAAAGCUAAGCCCACUUCAGACAAACCUGGAAGUCCAUAUCGUUCUGUCACGCACUUCGACUCGCUAGCUGUCAUAGACAUCCCUGGAGCAGACACCUUGGAUAAAUUAUUUGAUUAUGCUGUAUCCAAGUUUGGGAAGAAGGACAGCCUUGGGACCAGGGAAAUCCUAAAUGAAGAAAAUGAAAUGCAGCCAAAUGGAAAGGUUUUUAAGAAGUUAAUUCUUGGGAAUUAUAAAUGGAUGAGCUAUCUCGAAGUGAACUGCAGAGUGAAUAACUUUGGUAGUGGACUCACUGCAUUGGGACUAAAACCAAAGAACACUAUUGCCAUUUUCUGUGAGACCAGGGCUGAAUGGAUGAUCGCAGCACAGACCUGCUUUAAGUACAGCUUUCCUCUUGUGACUUUAUAUGCCACACUUGGCAAAGAUGCAGUAGUUCAUGGGCUAAAUGAAUCUGAGGCUUCCUAUCUGAUUACUAGUGUUGAACUUCUAGAAAGCAAACUUAAGACUGCAUUGUUAGAUAUCAACUGUGUUAAACAUAUCAUUUAUGUGGACAAUAAGACUGUCAAUAAAGCAGAAUACCCUGAAGGAUUUGAGAUUCACAGCAUGCGAUCAGUAGAAGAGUUGGGAUCUAAGCCAGAAAACGCAAGCAUCCCUCCAAACAGACCAACUCCUUCAGACAUGGCUAUUGUAAUGUAUACUAGUGGUUCUACUGGCCGACCCAAGGGAGUGAUGAUGCAUCAUAGCAAUUUGAUCGCUGGAAUGACAGGCCAAUGCGAAAGAAUACCUGGACUGGGACCAAAGGAUACAUAUAUUGGCUACUUGCCUUUGGCCCAUGUGCUAGAAUUGACAGCAGAGAUAUCUUGCUUUACCUAUGGCUGUAGGAUUGGAUAUUCUUCUCCACUUACACUCUCAGACCAGUCCAGCAAAAUUAAAAAAGGAAGCAAAGGAGAUUGUACUGUUCUGAAGCCUACACUUAUGGCAGCUGUUCCAGAAAUCAUGGAUAGAAUUUAUAAGAAUGUUAUGAGCAAAGUCCAAGAGAUGAACUAUAUUCAGAAAACUCUGUUCAAAAUAGGGUAUGAUUACAAAUUGGAACAGAUCAAAAAAGGAUAUGAUGCACCUCUUUGCAAUCUGAUACUGUUUAAAAAGGUGAAAGCUCUGCUAGGAGGGAAUAUCCGUAUGAUGCUGUCUGGCGGAGCACCACUGUCUCCUCAGACACAACGGUUCAUGAAUGUCUGCUUCUGCUGCCCAGUGGGCCAGGGUUAUGGAUUGACAGAAUCAUGCGGUGCUGGGACAGUUACUGAAGUUACUGACUAUACUACUGGUCGAGUUGGAGCCCCUCUUAUUUGUUGUGAAAUUAAACUAAAAGACUGGCAGGAAGGUGGUUAUACAGUUCACGACAAGCCAAAUCCCAGAGGAGAAAUCGUAAUUGGCGGACAGAAUAUCUCCAUGGGAUAUUUUAAAAAUGAAGAGAAAACAGCAGAGGACUAUUGUGUGGAUGAAAAUGGACAAAGGUGGUUUUGCACUGGUGAUAUUGGAGAAUUUCAUCCUGAUGGAUGCUUACAGAUUAUUGAUCGUAAGAAAGAUCUGGUAAAGUUACAGGCAGGAGAAUAUGUAUCUCUCGGAAAAGUAGAGGCUGCACUGAAGAACUGUCCACUUAUUGACAAUAUCUGUGCUUUUGCCAAAAGUGACCAGUCCUAUGUGAUCAGUUUUGUGGUUCCUAAUCAGAAAAGGUUGACUCUUUUAGCACAACAGAAAGGGGUAGAAGGAACUUGGGUUGAUAUCUGCAAUAACCCUGCCAUGGAAGCUGAAAUACUGAAAGAAAUUAGAGAAGCUGCAAAUACCAUGAAAUUGGAGCGAUUUGAAAUUCCAAUCAAGGUCCGCUUAAGCCCAGAACCAUGGACCCCUGAAACUGGUUUGGUAACUGAUGCUUUCAAGCUGAAAAGGAAGGAACUGAAGAAUCAUUACCUCAAAGACAUUGAGCGAAUGUAUGGGGGCAAAUGAAAUGCAGCUCUCUUGUUUACGGUUGUGCAGGAGGUGGCCUGGUGGGUUUCAGUUCCAGAGUUUUAAGCCUUUGUUGAGUUCUCUGUUAGAAUGUAGGUAUAUCGUCCUAAAGAUAUGGUAAUAAAACAAAAAACCAAAACUGAUUAAAUUAGUUGUUGAGUCUACUUAGUUAUGUGUAGUUCUAGUGAUGCUGAAAUUGAAAAGUGAUUUCCUGUUAGCUGUGUUAUUAAUUUUAGAACAGUUCUGUUUUUAAAAUUUAGCCUAAGAUAUACUUGUUUCCUUAAAGAAAAAUAUUUAAUGUUGAGCAAAAUAAAUUGGAGUUGGAGUAGAAUGUAGUUUGAUGAAAUUUGCAGCUUCCAACAUCUAUUGUCUUCCUAUUUCAGAAGAAGCUUACAUAUUAAGCAUGACAGAAAAGGUUUAUUAACACUACGCAAAGCAGGAGUGCUGCAGGGCUUUAAAAUUCUCUUCCAACUAUUUAUCUUGAAAGGGAAAUUCAGUUGUAUUGUAAUAUACAGAAUCAAAUAAUACCUUGGAAACCACUUUACAAGUCAUAAUUGUGGCAUAAAUUAGACAUAGAAUCAUUGCAAUAUUGUGAAUAAUUACAGUGCCUAAAGUAAGAAUAAAACAACAUAUACACACCAAAUAAUACCUAGUAAUAUAUUUAAAGGAAAAUUGAACUGCUUUAUUGAAACUCUGGGGCCUAAAAUCAGCAACUAUAAUUAUUUUAAAGAGAAAAGUACUUUUUUUUUUUUUUGAUGGAGAAAAUUGUCUUCUCUGUUUGUUCAAAAUGAAAGCCUGAGACCAAGAGUAAAAUGAUAGAAAGUUAAACAAAAUUAAACAGGAAGAAUUUUCUCUGUUUUAGUAAGUGAUGAAAUCUUAAGUAUUUGGAAUUGUGACCCUUGCAAAGCACUGAACUUGGAAAAGAGAUGUAGACUCUGAAUUUGUCUUUGAUAGCAGGGAUUAGUUUUGUAAUGCACUUGCAUUAAAUUACAGGUGGCAUUUAAGAUCUGUUUGCUGUUGCUGAUUUGAUUCUCAAUCAGUACUUUGCAUUUCAGAAAUCCUUUUAUUUUGCUUUAAUUUUAGCAAAGCGGGUUAUGAUGAAUGACUUCCCUAGUAUCUUGUUUGAACCUAUGAGUGAUUGAUUAACUUGAGUGAGUUUUGGGAAGUUAAAGGGUAGAUAACAGUGUUAUCACUUUUUUCCUGUUUAUGAAGAGUUUAGAAACUGGAAAUGUUAGAUUUGGGAGAAGGGAAGAGUUACUUGAUAAGGGACUGAUAUUUGUGCAGUAACUUGGAGUGUGCCUUUCUUUUUGAAUCUUUAAAAUCUGGGAUUAUAUAUCCCUGAUAAAUAGUCACACUUAAAUCAUAGUUACUGUAAAAAGCAAAAAUUCUUAAUACUGUCAUUCUUUGCACUUUUUUCUUAAUCAUUUUAUAUAUAUAUAUAUAUAUACACAUACAUAUAUAUAUACAUAUAUAUAUACACACACACAUAUAUAUAUACAUAUAUAUGUGUGUGUGUGUUGCUUACCUUGCUUUGUACAGAUGUGGGCCACCACUGCAACAAAAUUAAUUCUUUUUGCUCUAAAAUAUUUAUAAAGAAAAUAUUUAAAUGUUAUGUAUAUGGUGGUAAAAAGGAAAAAAGUCAUCUGGUAUUAUUAUAUACAAGAAUGAAGGUUUUUGUAAAGAUUUCUGUUCAGUGUUCUGCCAUGUAAAAUUGUAGGCAAGUUUUCACUGAAGUUAUGUCUAUGAAUAUUCUCAUUCUUCCCAACUUGCCUUUGAGGAGUGAAAAACCAUUAUUAUCAAAUAGACUACUAUUAAGCUUCUACUGUUCCUGGCCCACUGUUUGUUUAUCCUUUCAGGAUAAUCUUCUUAGACUUUUCCAAUAUGUGAUUUUUCUUUCCUUUUGGAAUGGUGAUUUUAAAUGUGUGAGUGCAUGCAUUACUAUCUUGUCUCAGAUGUUUGCAUCCCUAGCCACCGCCAGACAUCCUACACCCCACCUACCCCAUCUCCCAAUAGCUAGAACACUGCCAACUAAUCUGUUGUAUAGGUCCUUUAGAAACACGUAACUAACACUUAAGGUUGGGUGCUGCUAAUUCUUUGCGAAAAUCCAAAUACUAUUAAGGGACCAGGGAGAUGCCACUACCCCCUGAUUUUUCAUCUAAAAAAAUACAUGUUUAUGUACACAGAAAUCUUUCCAUAUUCAUCGUACUUUUCAAGUUUUUGAGCAUAAAGAUUUUGAUCUCACAUUUUUAUACCUGUUUAAAUCGUUCACUGUUAAAUAUUAUUACAACAUGUCAGCCAUCAAAUAAAGUUGUAUCUAAAAUAUUUACUACAAAUAUGUACAUUUGUAAGUCCAACACUUGUGACUUUUGCUUUAAUUACAUGAAAUGUAUCUUUUUACCUCCUUGAUAUUUUUAUUCAUUUUUAUUUUCUAGAGCGGAAGUGUAAUUGUAUGGUUUAUCAGAGCUGAAAUACAGCUGAAUGGUUCAAAAAGUCAGAAGUUAAGGAGAGUAAUGUUUCUUCAAGCGUAGAAACUGAUUAAUAAUCCUUGCCUAUAUUUUCCUGAUAGCAUAUGACAAAUAUUUCUAAGGUAAUUAAAUGAGAACA